AUGUCUUUUAAUAACACGGGCUGCACAGUUUUUAGUAACUCCAGUUCUGUUUCCUCGAAUCGCCUGGAAAACCGGCCACCGUUGGGCCUCGAUACCUCAGAAGUGAAAGGUCUUGCAGGUGUUAACGCGGUGGCAAGCAUUAUUGGUACCGUGGGCAAUCUUUUGGUUUGUUUUGUAGUGAAGAAAUUUCGCUUUCUAGGAAGGCCGAAAGCAGAGCUGUUCAUCGCCAGUUUAGCCGUGGCAGAUCUAUUGGUUUGCGUGUUUGCUCAGCCGAUGUAUGUUUUGUUCCUCUAUGGCCUGUUACCCACCCAGCUAAACAUGAUUAGAACAGCAGUGACCUGGAUUUCAACGUUGGUCUCCGUCAGCCAUUUAUUUUCGAUUUCAAUCGAGCGUUUUCUCUCGCUGUUCUUCCUUCACCGACAUAGGUUCUUCAUCACAGAUCACACUAUCUGGAAGUCAAUUGUUUUUACAUGGCUCGUUGCCAUAAGCUUUGGUGCACCGGCCUCGAUUUUGAGAAAAGCACGUCACAUAGCACAGUACUUUGUAAUUGCUAUCUUGCUAAUCAUGCCUGUUCUAUACACCGGAAUAUUUUACAUUGUGCGACUUCAAGGGCAACGAAUUAGAAAACAAAUACCAGCGCAAAAACUUUCAAAUUCUCAAAAAAGCUUCGCAAAAGAGCGAAAGAUUCUCUACAUGAUAGCCGUGGUCGUUGGCGCUUUUUACGUGUGUAUUACACCGCUUAUCGUUCUUCCGUUUUUCUUCAGCGUAGGCGCAUCGCCUGCUGUUCUCAAGCACGCCAAACGCGCCUUUCCUUGGGUCAACACCAUGGCGUUUUGUAAUAGCUCUUUAAACCCAUAUGUCUAUUACUGGAGAAGUUGGCGAUUUAGGUUGGUUAUAGAAAAGAUGCUACGAAGAAUGUUUGAAAAGAGAUGA